AUGAGAAAACGAUUUUUCAGAGUGAGCUCAAACUCCCAAGAGAUUCAAAGUGAGGAUCGCCUCUUCAUUUUUGCACUUUUAUUUUUGAGUCUGGCUAUCGAUUUUUUCGAAGCGCGUGGAGUCUCCCCAAAAGUCUCAUCAUGCAUCCGUUAA